AAGUCUGUCUUUUUUUUAGCUUCUGGUAACAAAUUUCGAAUGACCUUGGGUCUUCCAGUUGGUGCAAUCAUGAAUUGUGCCGAUAAUUCUGGAGCAAAAAAUUUGUACAUCAUCUCUGUAAAGGGUAUCCAUGGUCGACUGAAUCGAUUGCCGGCAGCUGGAGUUGGUGACAUGGUUAUGGCCACUGUUAAAAAAGGCAAACCUGAUUUAAGAAAAAAGGGUGAAAUGAAAGGUUCUGCCAUCACUGGCCCCGUAGGGAAAGAAUGUGCCGAUCUUUGGCCCCGUAUUGCUUCUUCUUCCGGAACUGUGGUAAAUUUUUAUUUAUGA